GCGGCGGCGGGCGGGGGAGGCGCUGCGGGUCUGUGCGCGUCGGCGGCCGCCGCGCUCGGUCCGCGCCGGGACGCGCUCGGUGCGGCCGCGAUUUCUGUGAAAACCCCUUCCUGCUGUGCCCAAACCUCUUCCUCUGGAGCAUCAGCAGCGUGUGGAGCCUGCCCCACACACCCAUCCCCUGCCAAACCACGGCCUUUACCUGCGUGUUCCGCUGUUUCCCGUGCGACCCGUCCUGCGGGAGCGCCUCCUGGGCCACCCCCGACUUCAGCCAGCGCUCCGUGGCUCCAAUGGUGAAGAUGACAAGGUCCAAGACUUUCCAGGCAUAUCUGCCUUCCUGCCACAGGACCUACAGCUGCAUCCACUGCAGGGCUCACCUGGCCAACCACGAUGAGCUCAUUUCCAAGUCCUUCCAGGGCAGCCAAGGACGAGCGUACCUCUUCAACUCCGUAGUGAACGUGGGCUGUGGCCCUGCAGAGGAGCGGGUGUUAUUAACAGGACUGCACGCCGUGGCAGAUAUUUACUGUGAAAACUGCAAAACCACCCUGGGCUGGAAAUAUGAACACGCUUUUGAAAGCAGCCAGAAGUAUAAAGAAGGCAAAUACAUCAUUGAACUGGCUCACAUGAUCAAGGAUAAUGGCUGGGAUUGAGAGCAGAGCCAGCCCCAGCAGCGUGCACGAGCCGCCAUCAACCGAACAUUUAUCGAGAGUGAGAGAGUGACUGAACGCUUGGUUCCAUGCAUUUAGAGGCUCUGCAACCCGGGAGCAUCUUCACACCCUUCUCCAUCUUUAUUGGUGACUGGCCUCUAAAUUUCUGUCUCUCUGUCUCUUUGCUUUGUCUCUGUUUGUGAGUUGACCCUGGCUGCUUCUCUCUCUGUUCUUGGCUCAGAGAACGCACCGAAUGCCCGACAGCCAUUCCAUGUGCCCAGAGCUCGAUCCAGCCUCACCUGGGCUCUCCUGGCACCUCCCAGGUGCCCGAGGUUUGGGCAGGAGAAGGUGGGACAGGGGUGGGGGAGUGGGGGAACCAUCAGGAGGUGAUGCUGGGCUUCUCCUUUCAGUCCUGGUUAAGCAAGGCUUGAAACCAUCUCCUUGUCUUAAAUGGACAGAGAAAUAUCGACUUGUCUAAAAAGGACAGAGAAAUAAUCUACUUGUCUAAAUGGAUGGAGAGAAAUAUCUACUUGUUUAAAUGGAUGGAGAAAUACCUACUUGUCUGAAAAGGACAGAGAAGUAUCUCCUUGUCUGAAAGGACAGGAAUUACCUCACAGCUGUGUUUUCUCUCCAAAUCCUGAAUGCAUCGGCCGAGCCCGAGGCAGAACCAGUUCCCCCCCAGUCUGUGUUUGAGUUCAGGAACUCAUUGUUUGGGUUCAGGACCUGGAGGCUGGAGAGAUUCCCUGCCUCUCCUUUGUCUUGCUGGUUCAGGGUAGGGAGGCUGAGCAUCCCAGUGGAGCACAGCCAUGGGGAGAGUGCUCACAGCUGGAGAAACCAAAUCCUGGCUCUUGAGCCCUCCAGAGAGGAGGAGAAAACCACCUCAGGCAGCAGGAGGCUGGAGCUGCAGCCUGGGAAAUGUGGGGGGAAAAAGGCACGUGGGAUGCAAGGGAGAGGAAAUUCCCUGCAGGAGAGGAUGAGGACAGAGUGCCAGAGGUACCCCUGGAUUUCCUGAGCACCCUUGCUGGUGUCUCACCAAUCUUUCACAGGUUCAAGUAGGAAAAUGCUGUUUCAGAACCUUUUCCUUGAAUGCCAGGCUCCAGGGGUGGGGCUGGCACAGAAGUGGGGCAAGGAGGGAGCAGGGUUCUGCUGGUUGUGUUGCACAGGGGAAUAUUUCAAGCCCUGAGGUUUCCUCCCCAAAUCAUCCCCCCUUUUCCAACUCCCAGAAGCCCAUUGCAGGCACAGGGAGAAUGGGAAAGAAAAAAAGAAAUUCAGCAUAAUCUCACCAGCCCUGGAAUGAUCCAUGCCUUGAGGGGUAGGUGUGGGUGUCAGAACUGCAAGGGACAAGGAGUCCUUCCCAUUUUAGAUUUUUCAUGGGAAUUCCUGAGCACCUUCCCAAGGUGGAUGGUGGGGAAGGGGUGUUGUGUGUGAGAGGGGAACUGUGUUAUUCCAAAAUAACCAUGAGGAGUUUGCUCUGCAGCAAUCCAGCCAGUAUCUGGUGCAGAACCCAGGACUAUUGAACUCAGUUCAUUUCCUCUCUCCCCGAGUGAAUGUUUCUUUUUGUUGGCAGAAUUCUUUCAAGUAGGUUAAUCCAUGGGGGGAAAUCUUUCUUAAUCCAGAAGGAGAGAGUUUUGUGCAGGGGGUGCUGACUCCUUAUGAAACAGCAGCUUUGGAGCUGUGAGCUGCUGUCACUGCCCCAGCCCUGAGAGGUUCCAGGGGGCUGUGGAAGAGUCAUUUGUUGUUAAAUUGAGAGGAAAUGUGAACAGAGACUCUCCUUAAGGACCAGGGUGGAAUUUGGUGUUGGAUCCUAGUGCUGAAACCCAAACCUGAUGAAGCAGAGAUUGUUUUUUCCUCUCUGAAGGCUCUGUUCUUGACAGCCUUGAGAAAUGAGGAGGAGUUGGCCAGGCUGCUGCAGGGGAUGGAGUUUGUGCCCAACCUGCCCAGAGGUGGCUCCUGCCCUCACCCUUCUGCUCUGGCUGUGUAACAAUUGCUUCAGCUUUUGUUUUGAUUGUCUCUGCUUCCAUCAGCCACAUUCCCUCCGGUGACAAAUCCAGGAAAAAUCAAAAAUUCCACAGCAGCUGCUGUCUUGUGGACUCUGGCACUGACCUGGUGCCACUUCCCUGUCCUUUCAUUGAGGAUCCAUGGCAAUUUAUUGGGUUUUGACUAGUGGGAAGCAAUUCCUGCUCUUCAAAGAGCUCUUUAGUCUCCACAGGGCCUUUAAAGGAGCUGGGAGAGGGGAGGGCUCAUCCCAAAUCCUGUGAGGUUGAGAAGAGCACACAGGGCUCAUGGUUUGAUGUUGGUAUUUGGAGUGACUGCUGCUCAGGAAGUGCUGCAAAAGGCAGGGCUGUGCAGGGAACUGCUCUAAUUUAUACCAGAGAGCUGCCAGGUGGAAAUGCUUUUAUCCAUUCAUUUGGGACAAUAAAGGACAAUGCCCCAUCAGACCUGGCUGGUUUUUACUGGCCACAGGUUUUGGGCUUUUAAUGGCAACCAGUCCAAGCCUGGAUAGGGUGAGGUCUCAAUCUGCUUUUAAUUGGUUUUGUCCCAUCAGAGAGCCUUGAGCCCUGCUGGGAGCCCAGUGUGUGUGGCUGUGCCUGUGCAGCCCCAGAGAAUUCCCUGGGGUGGCUGUGGAGUCCUGCACAGGAGGAUGAGCAGGGAUGCAGCUCCUGUGUGUGUCCAGUCAACAGGGAGAGUGGAUUUGUUUAUUUGUUUGGCUGCUGAUUGCCCUGGGAGCUGGGGGCUGGCAGGAAUUUGGGAUCUGUGCUGGUGGCUCCAAAGCAGAGUGGGGGGAACCUCAGAGUGACAAACUCAGAGAUAACCAAAGAAUUCCCUGCUGAGCUGAGCCAGCUGGGGCCUUUUCCCAGGAGCAAUGGAGAUGUGGCCCCUGGUGCUGCUUUCCAAGGGCAGCAGCCUUGGGAAAACACAGCAGUGAGUUUUCCUGCUUUUUUUGGUGUCUGGGCAGCUGUGAGCACCCUUGAGUUUACAUCCCCCCCUCCUACCCCAAAGCUCAGACUUGAGUAAGUUUUAAAUUGUUUUUGCUUUGGUGGAUUGUCUUGGUGUGAAAUCCUGACCCCUGUAAGAAAUAUUCAGAUGAUAAUAUAUACAAAGCAGAAAAAAACAACCCCCCAAAUGUUAUCUUGUGAAAUAUACUUUUGUAAAUAAUAUUUAAUUUUUUUAAAAGAAAUAAUAUAUUUGGUGCUGUUUUCUCAGAGCCCCUCCCUGAGAGCACUUUUUUUUUUGUCUUUGUUGUUUAUGAUGAUCCUGUUUCCUUUCUGUAUUUGUUGGAAAAUAUGUUCAAAGGGAAACAAAAAUCAUUAUUUAUGUUGUCCUCUGAGGUGGAUCUGUGUUUCCUGUGGCUGUGGCAGCAGAGGGGACUCCAGCUGGCAGGUCUGGUGGCUGGGCUGGGCCAGGGGGGAUAUUUGGGCUGGGAGGGGCACUCAGAGGGCUCCAGUCCCCCUCUGCCUUCCCUGGAGUUCCCAUUUCUCUGCUUGUGGGAUCCAGGCCUGGGGUUUUCUCUUGCACCAGAAUUGGCUGGAGUGAAGCAGAUCUGGAGCUGCAGGAACUGGGAUUGGGCAGGAGCUGCAGCCCCACACCUGCUGUUGCUGAGGGCAGGGAUGGAGGAUGGAGCUUUUAACUCCAUGUUGAUUUUAACCUAAACCAUAAAUCUUUGGAUCCUGGUUUUAUUUUUGAGGGGAGGUUUUGUUGGGGUUUUUUUUUGUUUUUAUUUUUUUCCUGUUGUUUUGAUUAUUUUUUUAACCAGGCUGCUACAUAACAAAUUAGAGUAAAAGUUUACCUCUUGUGGCAGCAAAGUUCAUUUAUUUUGUUCUCCUUUCUGUCUUUAAUCCCCCCCCUUCUCACCCUUCUUCAUUUUUAUUUCAUUUGGUCUCUUGUUUAUCCCAAAGUGGACCAACAGCACAAACCACUGGACUGUGUUUUGCUGAGCAAGGAGCUGUUUAAGAACUGUUUAAUUCUCUGGGUUUGGUGCACUUCAAACCACACAGGAAAAAAAAAAAAACCCCAAACCCUGUGAAAUCAAACCUGUUGUUCUCAUGAUGAUCAAGUGAGAAUUUCCUCUGUAAGUGUGUGAACCAUGCAUUUCACUGCACUCCCCUGCUUUGGGAGCAGUUUUGGGAUGAAGAGGGGACACCAAACACAAGCUCAGCUCAGUGGGAAGGAGCUCUGGGAGAGGCCUCAGUGCUCAGAAACAAUCAGGUUAGACAGAGAUUUUCUGCAGAAAUCCUGGUGAAAAAGAACGAGCAGAAGAGGGGAAACAAAAUCAUCUUGAAUUCAGAAAAAUAAAAAAAUAAAUUAAAAAUCAACAUAUUUAAAUGCAAGCAGAAUGGCACUGUGUAAGGUACAACCACAAAUAAGCUGUUCUCAUUGUUCCAACUGUGUGUAUCCUUUGUUUUGUUCUUCCUAAGGAAAUGGGAAUGCUUUCCCCACUGACAAAACUAAGGACAAUAUUUCCAAUACCAGCCUGUCUAUGGAUGCUCUUGUGUUUACAAAUUGUGUAUACUUUUAUUUCUUUGAUCUUAUUUUAAUUUUAAUUUUUUUUGGCAUAUUCUUUCAGGUCAUUUGCUUCAGUCAUAAAUGCAAUUGUUUGUUUUCAAAUAAUUGGUUUUCACCUUUUCAUGUAUUUGUACAUUGUAUAUAGUUCUUCAGUAUUAGAGGGAGGUAUUGUUUGUCAUAUUUACAAUAUGUGUUGGUGCUCAUUUGAGAAAAUAAAAUUUUCAAGUACUAAA